AUGGACUUCUAUGAGUUUCUGAAUCCGGCCAGUUUCAGAAAACCAUGGUUCCAAAUUCGCUUCUAUCAUGUCUACAGGAUGGAUCUUAGGGGAAAGGACGUUGAUGCUAAAGAGGAGAAUGAUGUAGGAGCUACUAGCGGUGUUGACCCACUCGUAGCGAAGAGCUGGGUACAAGAAAUGAAGAAAAUGUUGGCAGUGUUAUCUUGCACUGAUGCACAAAAGGUUCUCUUCGCUACCUUUAAGUUAACAGGGGAGGCCGAGCGCUGGUGGCAAGCAAUAAAGCUGCUAGAGGAACAGUGGGCAGUACCCACGAAUAUGAUUUGGAGUCGAUUUAAGGAGCUUUUCUACGAUCGGUACUUUCCUGCCACCACCAGAGCUGCGAAGGCAGAGGAAUUCUUCUACCUGACUCAGGGGCAACUUACUGUGCAGCAGUAUGCUGCGAAGUUCAUGGAGCUAUCCCGUUUUGCACCUUUUAUGGUUCCAGAUGAGUUCCAAAAGGCGAGGUGGUUUGAGAGGGGAUUGAAACCGAGAAUUCAUAAGCAAGUGGCAGUCUUGAAGGUGCAGAGCUUUUUAGAACUGGAGGAUGGAGCCACCGUGGCAGAAUUGAGUCUGCAGAGGAGUGCAGAGAUGGCAGAGCAGAAAAAGAGGCCUAUGCCUCCCAAUUUUUCUGAUGAUGCUAGACAGGGCUGGGGGAAGAGAGACAAAUAUGUUACGGGAGAGAGAUCUGAUAGAGGUUAUCAAGGAUGUCAGAGCGAUUCGUCACCUCCCUAUUGUGCUCUUUGUAAGUUGAGGCAUUGGGGAGAAUGCCUAGCCGGGAACAUUAAGUGCUAUCGGUGCGGCAGAUACGGCCACAUGGCCCAAGAUUGUCGGGGACUGCCGAACAACGCACCUGCUCCUGAUCAGCACCAAAGGAAUGAGCCACUGCCUCGUGGUGGUCCGGCGCGUGUGUAUACCAUGGUUCCGGCUGACAAGGAUAUUGCUUGUGGUGCAGGAGCAGGUAUGAUUUUAUAUUAA